AUCGGGGACAGAACUAUAGGUGGAAUUUGGGUGUUAUUUCAAAAACAAAUUUCGGCUCCUUCGCUAUUGAUUUAUAUCAUCCAUAUCCGUAAGUAUUUCAAAUAAAUCGAUGACAGCUGUAACGAAACAUAGAACUGGGCCCCAGCGUGGCUAUGAAAAUUGGAAAGUUGAAGCAAGGUAAAUUAAAACGGUUUCUUAGUAUUCAGCAACCAUUACGAUUUUUACAGUUAACAGAGAAUAUCGCGGCUAUUGUAAUGGAUUCAAGAACAGGGAGAGCGAGAAAUCAUCCCAGCCCACUAUGCCGCAGCCCGAUGAGGGCGGCAUAGAGGCCGGCCUGGGACGAGCCGCGCAGCCGCCGACGCCCACCAGCUCGGCGUCGACCAGCAGCAGCCGGCUGCAGCAGCCGUCGCCGCGCUCCGGCUCCAGCUGCAGCGCCGCCGAGCUGCGCCAGCUCGAGUGGGACUCGUCGUUCGACUUCACGGCGCGCUACCAGCCGAGCCGGGCGGACGGAGAGCCGACCGAGCGGUCUGAGGUGCGCGCCGCUCCCGGGCCGCUAGUGACGGUCACUCAGCAGGCGCAGACCGUGUCCGUGCCCGCCGCUGUAUUUGCCGAGACGGAGGUGAACCUGGUGGUGGCCUCUGCCGACUCGUCGCGCAGCGACCGCACCGGCAGUACGGUGAUCACACUGCGCCGUCAGGUCAGCUUCCCCACCAUCAGCCUCAAACGGUCGGCCGGCGCGCUCGAUGGCCUGCGCGGCCUGACGAUCCUGUUCGAGGGCGGUGAGCAGCCCGACACGGCCGGCAGCGAGGCGAGCUUCUGCAGCCUGGCGCCGACGGAGCCGCAGCAGCCGGCCGCCAGCCGACACGCCAGUCGGCUCUCCCAGCAGACAGAGUACGCCAGUCUGUCGGAGCGGCUGUCCAGCGCCAGUGCUGCGUCCCACCCCGCGCCCCCACAGCCGCUGCAGCAGCAACAGACGGGGCACGCAGCCAUGUCUCGUCCGCCGCGCACGCCUGCGCCGCCGCCGCCGCCGCCGCUGGCCAGCCGCGCGCCACCCAGCAUAGAGAAGUGCGCGCGCUGGCUGGCUCGUCAUGAGCUGCAGGUGGGCCAUGGUGACGGAACAGACACGGGUCCCGCCGCCGCCGCCGCCACCAUCGCUGCAGCGGACGGAACCGGCCGCGCGCGGGGAGCCUGGAGAUCGCGGAUCCAGCCCUGCUCCUCACAGGACAGAGUGGUGUCGGUCGACCGGCAAAUACCGCAGCCAGACUACCGACCGGUGGUGGCACCCGCUGAGCCGCGGCGGGCAGCUGACACCGGGAGAAAACGAUCACCAGCCACCGCGAGGAAGGCGCUGUCGGACCCACUGGGCGGCUCAGCACAGUCUGCCGGAACGGCGGGGUCGGCGGCGGCAGCCGUUCGGCCCCAGCCGGCCGCCAAGUCGCGAUCGGCUCACGCCGGUACCGCCGCCGGCAUGACCCGGCAGCAGCACGCCGAGAGCCUGGCCCGGCGGCCGCGACCGCCGCCCGUGGCAGCAGCGGUCAGUCGCUCGUACACAGAGACGGCUACUGCGCCCAGCGUGCCGUCACUGCACUACCUGGACUCGGCCGAGAGUGACGAGCUGAUUCGCCGCUGGCGACAGGACCGGAAGGACUUUUAUCAGCUGGCGUACCUGCGGCGCGGCGACAGCGACGUGCUCUCGCCGGCCGACGACUCGGGGUUUUCGUCCAGCGUGCUGACCCAGCAGCACGUCUCCGAACAACAGGUGCAGGUGUUCACGGUAUCGGCUGUGAAGACAACACCGUCGGCGGUGCCGGCCGCCAGUGCCGCAUCCAAGCUCGGACCGGCGCAGGGCGACAGCGCUCCGGUGGCUGCUGAGGUAGCGACACCGCCAACACAGCAGGAACAGGUGACCGUGCUGGUUCCUCCCCGUGACGAGCCUCCGUCGUCCGCGGCUAGCCACCAGGCGGUCCCCGCGACAACACCGCCAGCUGCGACACCGCCACAAACAUCCCCAUCUACAGCGGCUGUCCCGGUCCACAGCCGGCCAGUAUCAACAGCAGCGUCCUCCAGCCGCGCCCAGCGUCCGCAGACCGCCCCCGCCAGCGGCCGGCCCCGACCCGUGGCUGGCAGCAGCAGUCGCCGGCUGGCGCCGCAGCCGUCCGGCGUCGGCCAGCGCCGCUCUGUGCCCGCACCGGCCGGCUCGGUCCGGUUCAGUCCGAGCACCCAGUCAGCCGUGGGCCGGGCCAGCGCGGCACCGGUCACACCGCGACCCAGCGCAGCCGCAGUCCGAGCGCCGCCCUCCCGUCUGGGGAGGACACGCAGCUCGACAUUCACAAUGCCAGAGAAGGAGGAUGGACCGCAUGAGGCGGCGGCGGCGGCAAUGGGAUCCAACAGCGGUGUACCGUCAACCAGAUCCAAUGCAAACAAUGGAGCACCCGGCAGCGUGUCCACUCUCAAACCAAACUCGAGCAGAGCAGACAACGGUGGCGCGAUGGUAGGAGGGCCGACCGGGCGCCCGAGCGGAAAAGUAUCGGCAGUUGGAAGCGCUGUUGGCACUAGCGACAGUACAGCGGGCGUUCGCUCCGGCACUAGUGUGGGUGCGCCGGUAGUCAGACCUAGCGCUGGAGGAGUUAGAAGUUCGCAUGCCGUGAGACCAAACGCUGGAGGAGUUGCAAGCUCGCCUGUUGUCAGACCUAGCGCUGGAGGAGUUGUAAGCUCCCCUAUCGUCAAAUCCAGCGCUGUAGGAGUUACGAGCUCCUCCGUCGUCAGACCUAGCGCCGGGGCAGUUGCAAGAUCGCCUACUGCUAAAAUCAGUGCUGGAGGAGCCGCAAGUUCCCCUUCCGCCAGACCAAGCACCGGAGGAAUUGGACACGGUGGUGAAGCCGCCGGGAGUACUCUGGGUGUGAGACCCAGCACUGGUGCAGCUGGCAGCACUCCUGCUGUCAAACCCAGCUCUGGACCCGGUCAGAGCGUGCUAUCAGUCCGUCCCAGUCAAGGCAGCGCCGUCGGUGUCUCACCAACAAUGACCAGAGGUAGCGCCGGCCGAGUACCGUCAGCCCCGUCCACCCCUGCCACAGCGGCCACCGACAGUCCGCGCUCCACCUCGCCGUCUCGGGUGGACAGCAGCCGCAGCAGCCGCAGUAACCUGGUCUCGUCCACCAGCACGGGCAGUCCGCGGAGACUGAGCAGUUCGCCGGACAGACGGCGCAGCUCCCUCGCUAGCUCUGCGGUCCCGCCGGCCGGGUCCAGUCCCACAGUCCGACCGAGCACAUCCCCCACGGUCCGGCCGUCGGCAGUGCGGCGCGGAUCGCUGCGCGUCGGCUCCGUCCUGGACACGGCCAGCAGGAUGGAGCGGAGUCCCACGGCCGGAUCGGUGGCCGCCAUCCGCACACAGAGCCGUGGCCGCGGCGCCGGGGCAGUGGGGAGCACGGCCGCCAGCCCGUCGGUCGGGGUGGUACCUCAGGCGCCGCGGCCGCUCAGCGCACAGCCGGAGCCCAAUAUGAGGAGGAACCAGCCGCCACCCAGGAGAUACAGCUUCACACCAAGCACGGCUGAUGUCGGAGGGUCGCGGACCGCUGCCGGUGGCGGAGUGGCCUUCCAGGCGAGCAGGGGCGGAGAGACGGGUCUGAGACCGUCCCGGUCCUCCACCGGUACCGGGGGACAGACCUACCGCCGCGAGUCUGCAGCAGGUGAGCAGAGCCUCGCCAACCCGUCCCGACACUCGUCCGCACACGUCCAACACGUCAGUGGUUCAGUCGGUACUACCGCGCGGUCUACCGCUGCCGUCCGAACCUCUCAGCACGCCAGCAGCUCCAGCGUCGUGCCCGCACCAUCGCCCGAGAUGCACGUCCGAAAGAGCCUGGUCAAUAGAGAGAUUGAGUCAGGAAGUCUGCCGCGACUGCGCAGUGUCAGUGCCAGCCGCAGUCCGGACCCGUGUCAGCCCCCGCUGAAAUGUGACGAAACUCCGCCGCCCGGCAGCCCCGAGAGGGGCGGAGUAGAGAGCGACGAGGGAGACGGAGACGGGGACAGAGACUGGGCCGGAGACACAGAUAGGGGACGCAACAUGGACCGGAACAGGGGUGGAUACGAAAACGACGAAGACGAGUACAGAGACAGAGAAGAAGACGAAGACGAGCAAAGACCCGGCACUCUCGGCGCCGUGGAUAGGCAGUGGUCACGGGAGGACGCAGGACCGACCCGGGGUUACUCAGGGUCGUUCCGCCGGAGUGUGGACGAAGCACAGUUGCCGCUGGUGCGUGACACGAUCCGAGACUACGAGGUGCGCUCCCGGUCCGUGUCCCGGGAGAGGGUGCCGAUACCGCGGCCGGAACCGCGGCCCGAGAUGGUGACAAGACUGACACUGGAACUGGAGACCGACCGGGAGCCGGGAGCUGAUAUGGGAGCCGAGCCGAAGCUGGGGGCAGAGGGAGACGACCAGGGAAUGUUACCGGAGUCGGACACCGAGCUGGACACGGAGCUGGAGCCGUCGGCGGCCGCGGUGCGCUACAGCACAGACGGCUGUGCGGCUGGGGACGAGGGGAGUGCGUCAGACGGGGGCCGACAGACGCCGGCGGUACCUCCGCUGACCGGGCUCAGCCCACCCGACAGCCGGCGGCCGGCCGACCCGGCUGACCCGACCGACCCGGACCCGUACCACCCGGGCCAGUGGCGGCAGCAGCACGAGCCGGCGCCGCGCCGGCCGCACACCCGCUCCCGGAUCCCCGUCCGGCGGCCCACCCCGGACACACCGUCCCCGCGCCAGCCGGGGCUGCUACAGCCGGCGCAGAGGCCGCAGCAGUCCACCCCGCAGCGGCCGCAGUACGCCAGCUACGAGCUGACAGUGCUGGCGGAGCGCAGUGCCGGCCGACAGCGCUCUCCGCCGCCGCGCCGGGUCGACGACUACCAGCCAGGGAGGCAGGCGCGACCGGGCGGGCCGCCGCGUCGCCCCCGCCCGCCGCCACAGGGCUGCCCCGACCGGCGGCCGCCAUCCGACCACCCCAGGGCUAGCAGAGGUCACUCGGACACCACCAUCCACCCCCGGGCCUCCACCGCGGCCAACGUGUCCCCACGACUGGGCGGCACACCGGCCGGCGUCGGCGGCGGGUCUCAGCGCUCGGUCCGCUCGGUGCGCUCGGCGCCGGCGCGACGCGGCCCGUCCACGCCGCGCUCCGACCGCAGUACCUCCAGCAGCGAGGCGGUCUACACGCUGGGCUUCAGCGAGGCGGAGCUGCGCCAGGCGCGGCUGGUGCGCCGCCAGCCGGCCGGCGGCCGCCCGCUGCGGCUCACACUGGACGGAGACGGCGCGCUGGAGGGCGGCCGCGCCGUGGUGCGUCGCCUCCAGCACACGCACACACAGACGGACGAGUUCGCGCACGUCAGCAGUCUGCUGCAGCUCGACCUGUUCCCGUGUCAGAGGGACGCGCCGGGCCGCGGACACGCCGACACGUGAGCGAUGACGGCAGUAUGAUCAGGGUAUUAUCUGUGGCCACCUUACACAGGGACCGGCACACAUUCAUUCCAUGGGAGAUUUACAUCCGUCCUAUGGCAGAUUUAAGGGUGGCCACAUUGGCAACAGGUAUGGCGGCAAGAAAACAGUCACAUACGAGGCACGAAUGUCGAGGUGCAGGCGGACGUGAGGGUCGAUGUCACUUUGCAGUGUGAUCUGACUCCACUAACCAAGGCAGGGCAUUGCAAGCAUCGAGGAACCAAAUGAUACCAGCAACAUGCGCGGUAUGCUGGUCUCAGAAUCUGCCCUCACAGUGGAGGAAUCUCGUCACCAUCGACUCUAUUGAUAAAGCGAUGCACAGCAUGAUCAGGACUGCCAGUGCAAUUACGACGAUAAAGAAACCUCGCAACUUGCAACAUGAUUCGUGAGGAGUCACAGGGUACACCUUCAGGGUUUUUGAACGCGUCACUGAACUUUUUUAGGUGUCAAAUGGUGUGCUGUUGUGUCGCGUGACUUGAAUAUAAGCACUAGCAGUAAUGUCGAUCAUACCAGUAUUCGACGUGCAUGAUCGUUAAAGACGUUCAAAUAACGACCUCAAUAAACGAUCAAGUGGAAUUUA